CGCCCACCCACCUUCUCGCUCGCUGGUCCGCCAGGGUGUAGUCUGCUAUGCUCGCAGUCUGUCGAUGGCGGCGGACACAAAACGCUGAGGCCGCUCCGAAGUUCGCCACUCGCCCCAAAAACUUUUGACUUUGCUCCCAACUCGCUCGCAACUCGGCCGGAACUUUUUCUCGCCCGCUCAGAGCGAGUCGCUGGAGUUCGGAUUCCUUUUUUCUCCCCCAGUGUCGCGGACAUGGCGGCAGCAGCGGCGACUGCCCCGCGGUGGUCCCCCCUGGUGGUCGCCCUGACGGCCGCGCUGCUGGUCGGUGUCGGCGCGGCUAUGGACGAGUGUUCAGACGAGCAGGGUCGCGCGCAACGCUGCAUGCCGGAGUUUGUCAACGCCGCCUUCAACGUGACUGUGGUGGCCACCGACACGUGCGGGAGCCCCCCCGAGGAGUACUGCGUCCAGACGGGGGCCACCGGGGUCACCAAAUCGUGCCACAUCUGCGACGCUCGCGACCCCCGCAACCAGCACGGCGCCGCCUUCCUCACCGAUUACAACAACCAGCUUGACACCACCUGGUGGCAGAGCCAGACCAUGUUAGCCGGGGUCCAGUACCCCAACUCCAUCAACCUCACCCUGCACCUCGGCAAGGCUUUCGACAUCACCUACGUGCGCCUCAAGUUCCACACGAGUCGGCCCGAGAGCUUCGCCAUCUACAAGCGCAGCAGCCAGGAUGGACCCUGGACGCCAUACACGUACUACAGCGGCUCUUGCGAGAAGACAUACGGCAAGACCAACCGCGGUUUCAUCCGUACCGGCGAGGACGAGCGGCGGGCGCUCUGCACCGAUGACUUCAGCGACAUAUCGCCACUCACCGGCGGCAAUGUGGCCUUCUCCACGCUAGAGGGGCGCCCAAGCGCCUACAACUUUGAUAACAGCCCCGUGCUCCAGGACUGGGUGACGGCCACCGACAUCCGCGUGACCUUGAAUCGUCUGAACACGUUUGGGGACGAGGUGUUCAACGACCCCAAAGUGCUGAAGUCCUACUACUACGCCAUCUCCGACUUCGCCGUGGGCGGAAGGUGCAAAUGCAAUGGUCAUGCCAGCGAGUGCGUGAAGGAUGCCGGCGGUCGUCUGGUGUGCAACUGCAAGCACAACACCGAGGGAGCUGACUGCCAGCUGUGCAAAGCCUUCUACAACGACCGCCCGUGGAGGCGCGCCACCGCCGACAGUGCCAACGAGUGCAUGCCGUGUGAGUGCAGCGGCAAGAGUUCAGAAUGCUACUUUGAUGCCGAGCUGUACCGCGCCACGGGUCGCGGUGGGCACUGCAAGAACUGCGCCGACAACACGGACGGACCCAAGUGCGAGCGCUGCCUGGACCACCACUACAGACGAGGCGGCAACGACGACCGAUGCCUGCCCUGCGCCUGCAACUCUGUCGGUUCCGAGUCCCCCCAGUGCGACAACCGAGGGGUGUGCGCGUGCAAACCGGGAGUGACGGGCGAAAAGUGUGACCGCUGUCAGCCUGGAUUUCACAGUCUGACUGAGGCCGGAUGCAGGCCGUGUUCGUGCUCGGCGGCAGGAAGCACUCAAGAAUGUGACGUCAACACGGGACAAUGUCGCUGCAAGGAAAAUGUGGAAGGGUUCACCUGUGACAGGUGCAAGCCGGGCUUCUUCAACAUGGACCCUGACAGCGCCGAAGGCUGCUCGCCGUGUUUUUGCUUCCUUCACUCGUCCGUCUGCGAGAGUGCCAGCGGGUUCAGCGUGCAUACCGUGUCGUCCACCUUUGAGCGAGAUGACGAGCGUUGGACGGGCCAGCAGCGCGACUCUUCCAGCGUGCCAGUGAAUUGGUCACCCAGCGGUCAGGACAUCUCGCUGAUCUCCGAAGAUUACUUCCCCAUGUACUUCGUGGCGCCAGACAAGUUUUUGGGCGACCAGCUGCUGAGCUUCGGCCAGAACUUGAGUCUGAGUUUCCGCGUGGAGCGCCGCGACACACGGCUGUCGGCCGAAGACCUGGUCCUGGAGGGGGCCGGCUUGCGGGUAGCUGUGCCCCUUAUCGCCCAGGGCAACGCCUACCCCAGUGAGCACAAGGCCCACUACGUCUUCAGACUCCACAACAGCGCCGACUACCCGUGGAGGCCGGCCGUCAGUCACUCAGAUUUCCAGAAACUUCUCCACAAUCUGACAGCCAUCAAGAUCCGCGGCACUUACAGCGAGAAAAGUGCCGGCCACCUGGACGACGUGACCCUGGUGACGGCGCGGCAGGGGCCGGGAACGCCAGCCCGCUGGGUGGAGCACUGCACAUGUCCACUGGGGUAUGAGGGUCGGCGCUGUGAGCGCUGCGCGACUGGCUACCGCCGUGCUCGCCCUCUGCUGGGAGCUUUCAGCGACUGUGAGGCCUGCCACUGCAAUGGGCACAGUGACGCUUGCAACCCCGACACUGGUGCAUGUGACUGCCAGCAUAACACGGGUGGUUUAAGCUGCGAACGCUGCCGGGACGGUUUCUAUGGCGAUGCCACCAAGGGAACGUCCUUGGACUGCCAGCCAUGCCCUUGCCCUGCCGGCGCCACCUGCGCUGCCAUCCCUAAGACCGACCAGGUGGUGUGCACCAACUGCCCCACCGGCACCACAGGCAAGCGAUGCGAGCUGUGCGACGACGGCUUCUUUGGGGACCCACUAGGCCAGGGCGGUCCGGUGCGCGCCUGCCGCGCCUGCAAGUGCAGCGACAACAUCGACCCCAACGCUGUGGGCAAUUGCGACCGCGAGACGGGCCAGUGCCUCAAGUGCAUCUACAAUACGGACGGCUUCUUCUGCGACCGUUGCAAGGAUGGCUUCUACGGAAAUCCGCUAGCGGCCGAACCGACUGACAAGUGCAAUGCGUGUGCGUGUUCCCCACAUGGCACGCUGGGCGGUCAGACCGGCUGCUCGACGGUGACGGGGCAGUGCCCAUGUCUGCCCAAUGUGGUCGGGCGCGACUGUGGUGCUUGUCAGCCGGGAUUCUUCAAUUUGCACAGUGGGAAUGGCUGUGAGCGGUGCAACUGCGACGCCAUUGGGUCAACCAACGGUCAGUGCGAUAUGGUGAGCGGGCAGUGUGAGUGCCAGCCGGGCGUGACCGGUGCCAGAUGCGAACGCUGCGAGGUCAAUUUCUUCGGUUUCGGCUCGUCCGGAUGCAAACCCUGCGACUGCGACCCUGAGGGUGCCCAGUCAGGUCAGUGUCAGGAAGACGGACGCUGCCUGUGCCGGCCCGGGUUCGUGGGCGCCCGAUGCGACAUGUGUGAGGAGAACUACUUCUACAACCGCUCGGCACCUGGGUGCCAGCAGUGUCCUUCCUGCUACAGUCUUGUCCGCGAUAAAGUCAACCAGCAACGUCAGAAGAUCCACGAGCUCCAGACGCUGAUCGAUAACCUGGCGUCUGGUCAGGAGACUGUCAGUGACCAGGCCUUUGAAGACCGCCUGAAGGAAGCAGAGCGUGCCGUCCUGGACCUCCUCGACGAAGCACGCGCCAGCAAGGAUGCGGACCAAGGCCUAGUGGAUCGUCUCAACAUCAUCAACGGCUCACUCACAACGCAAUGGAAACGCCUGCUGAACGUUCGCGGCUCUGUGGAGGAGACGGGUGCGCGGGCUGACCGUGCGCGUGACCGAGUCCGGCAGGCCGAACACCUGAUUCAUCGAGCGCGACUGGAGCUGGACAAGGCCAAGGACGCCGUGGCCCAAGUGGACAUCAAAGCUCCGAGUGGCGAGGGCGAUCCCAACAACAUGACGCUGCUGGCCGAGGAAGCUCGCAAGUUGGCUGACAAGCACAAGACUGACGCUGACCAGAUUGAGAAAAUCGCCAAGGACGCCAAUGAUACAUCGACCAAAGCGUACAACCUGCUCCUCAAGACGCUGGAUGGAGAAAGCCAAACUGCCCGGCAGAUAGACGAGCUCAACAGGAAGUACAAGGAGGCGCUGGAGCUGGCCAAGAGUUUGGAGAAGCAAGCUAACAAAGUCCAAGCAGAAGCCGAGGAGGCGGGAAACCAUGCUCUCAAAAUCUUUGCCAACCUCACCGAUCUACCGCCCUUCGACACGCACACCCUGGAGGAGGAGGCUGCCAAGAUCAAGAACGAGGCGUUGGAAUUGGACAGACUGAUUGACAAGGCGGAGAAGGAGUACAACGAGCUGAGGGAUGACCUCAGACCCAAAGAGGAGGAAGUGCGAAAACUUCUGGAAAAAGGCCGAAGCGAACAGCAGACGGCUGACCAGCUUCUGGCCCGCGCUGACGCCGCCAAAGCCACAGCAGAGGAGGCUGCCAAGCGCGCUCAGUCCACCUUCCGCGAAGCUGAGGGCAUCCUAGACGACUUGCGAGACUUUGACCGGCGAGUCAACGACAACAAGACGGCGGCGGAGGAGGCCCUGAAGAGGAUUCCGGCCAUCCAGGCCACUGUGGCCGCCGCUGCUGCCAAAACACGGCAGGCCGAGGCAGCGCUGGGGAAUGCUGACGCCGAUGCCCGAGAAGCCAAGAUCAAAGCGGAGGAGGCCGAGCGCAUCGCAGCUAAUGUGCAGAAGGGCUCAGCCAAGACCAGGGAGGAUGCUGAGAAAGCCCUACAGGAUGCCAACAAGCUGGACGGUGAGGUCAAUGGCUUGAUGGACCAGCUGAGCGCCGCUGAGGAGCAGCUGAGUAAGAAGAAGGCCGAGGCCGACCAGGAUAUGAUGAUGGCCACCAUGGCUUCCAACAAUGCCAAGGAUGCGGAGGAUAACGCCCGCAAGGCCAAAAGCGCAGUCAAGACUGUCCUCAACUCCAUUGCCCUCCUGCUGGAACAACUCGGCAACAUCGACAAAGUGGAUGUGAGUAAGCUUACGCAAAUUGACGAGUCGCUGCGGCGGGCAAAAGACAAGAUGGCCGACAGCGACCUGGACCGCAAGUUGAAGGAACUCAACGAGGUGGCCCAAACGCAAGAGGCCAUGAUCGGCGACUACGAACGGCAGAUUCGAGAGAUCCGCGCCGACAUCGCCAACCUUAACGACAUCAAGAACACGCUGCCCGACGGCUGCUUCAACACGCCGUCCCUAGAGAAGGCUUAAGUCGCCAUCUUACCACCGCCGGAACUUUACCAAAACUCUCCUCCUUGACCCUUUUUAUCUUUUUUUUUUUUUUGAUGGGCGCGUCAGCGCAAAGCACCAGAGACCAGCACAAACCCCGCGAGACUGCACGCAGGAAGUCCUUCCCGCCGCCCCCGGUUUUGGCGCGCUACGUUCUUUGCGCGUAACGACAUCAGGGAACGCGCCGGCGGUCGUCUCCAGAAGCCGUUUGAGCCUUUAUCGCGCCGAAUUAGGAACAGAAAAAUUCGCACGGGCUGCCCAUAAACACUCCAAGCGCUUUUCGGGCUAAGAGUCCUCACACUCCGACGUGCUAGUAGCCCGUCCGGUAAAUGCUCAAACGGUUUCGGUGUCCGCUUCAGGAAGGGAAACUAGUGUGCGGCAAAGCAAUGCUACAAUGGCUUUAUUUAUGGAUGGCUGCAUUGAUUUCACUUCAGCUACAGUUAGUAGAACUUUGUCCUCACUAGUAAAACAAUGUAGGGGUGAACGGGGUAAGUUGUCAAAUUUUUUCAUCUUCUGUGAAUAUCUUCCCAUUAAGUGGAAUAGUCGUUUACUACAGGGAAGUUUAACAUCUUGGGUUGGAUUUGACAUUUUUAUAUUUAACUCGUUGGGAGCCAUUGACGGCACUAUACAUCCAAUCCAUUUUGACUGGGAGGGGCGAAUGAACAGUCAAAAUGUUCAUUUGUUGCCCCCCCUCCCACUGCAGAUGGAUUGGAUGUUUAUUAGUGAUAAACCCAAAGAGUUUUAAUUUAGUUCUUAAGAUCCACGAUUGGACAUUGAUCACCGUCAAGGGCACCUAAACAAUCAAUACCAGCCAUCCCAGUCGAAAUGGAUUGGACGUGGACGGCCGUCAACUUCCCUCCUCAGCCGGACUCUAUGCAACUUUUGUACAUUUGCUCUGAUACACUGGUGCUAAGACGAUAUGAAAUGUGUGUACGUGUGUGCGAGUGUUUGUUUUUAACGGGGUUUUUAUGUCAAAACGCCGGCCUUUCUUGUUCUUCUAUCACGUCACGAGACUGAAGUUAAGACGUAGUUAACCUUUUGAUUUGUAACGACUUUGUGCCUUAAUAUAUGAACUUUGUGUGUGUAAUCCAAACGAGAACACUAUGACCUUUGACCUCCAUCCAUCCACGUAUCGACCAUGUAAGCACACGUGUGUAAUAAACAGUAUUGCUAAGUUA